AGAAGGCCGCUCGGGCGGCUUCAGCUUAGCUGGUUUCUCCGCGCUGGUGGGCUCGCGGCCGGCGGGCCGGCCCCUCCGCCGCAGCCGCCAUGUCCAUGAAGGGCCGCUUCCCGAUACGCCGCACCCUGCAGUACCUGGGCCAGGGGGACGUAGUGUUCAAGGAGUCGGUGAAGGUCAUGACGGUGAACUACAACACGCACGGGGAGCUGGGCGAGGGCGCCAGGAAAUUUGUGUUUUUCAACAUACCUCAGAUCCAGUACAAGAACCCCUGGGUACAGAUCAUGAUGUUUAAGAACAUGACGCCAACACCCUUCCUGCGGUUCUAUUUAGAUUCUGGGGAGCAAGUCCUUGUGGACGUGGAGACCAAGAGCAAUAAGGAGAUCAUGGAGCACAUCAAAAAGAUUCUGGGCAAGAAUGAGAACCCCAGGAGGGCACACCAUGACCCUGUCCUGGCAGGUCGCUGGACACUAUCUGAAGCAUCUCGUGGAUGGGCCACUUCCACAGCCAGCACCCAGAGCGGUGGGCACCAGGACGCAAACUGCAGGGCCAGCCCAGUCUUGAAACGACUGACAUUUUCCUAAGUAGGGAAAUGAUGAAAUUAUGGCAUCUCCUUAGCCAUGGAAAAUGAUUUAGAAGAAUGUAUACAUGCUCACUGAAUAUUAAGUGAAAAAAAGGUCACAAAACCUUAUUUUCUAUUUUCUGAUUCCAAUUGCACAUACUAAGAAAUUACUGGAAGUAAAUACAUAAAAUGUUAACAGGUAUCCCUGGGAAGUGGUAUUUACAAAGAGCUAAAAAGUUUUCUUUUUGCUUUCUAGAAUGUUCUAAUUUUUUUGUACAGUGAACAUUAUUUUUAAAAGGGGAAGAUAUAUUUGUAUUAUGAAAGCAGUAUUCCAGCACCAUCACCCAUUUGCCCAGCCACGAUGUCUGGCAGGGCUCCCAAAGGUGCCAAGGGGCCAACAGGCUGAAGGGUCUCGGGAAGUCGGCAAAGACCAGUCAGGGAGGACAUCUAGCUGGGCCUUAGACGCCGGCUAAGUUCUUAUCAGCAGAGAUGCAAAGGAUGGGAGAGGAUUUCAGGAGGAACAAACAGCAUGAGAAAAGGCCUAAGGAUGGGACAGACUAAAGCAAUUACUGUAUAAACAGGACACAACCAUUCUAGGGCCUUUUCUUUGGGAACUGAGUGUUUCUGAGUGCUAUGAGAGAGCCCCCCUGCUCUCAUUUCUGGCCCCAAAUCACCUACCUGGCUUGCCCUCUUCUCCCCUAGGGUCCCUGACUAGACCAGUAGUGACUCAGGAUUUUUUCAGAAACAUGUGCUUUCAAAGGCCAGAGAGCUGCCAUCAUC